AUGAAUCAAUCAAUGAUAAAUUGGAAAAAUGAAAUCGAUAAAUGCUUCCUCAAUUUAGAUUAAUAAGUUGAAGCAUCUUACAAUAGGAUUGAAGAAGCCAUAUCCAGUAAUUUUAACUUUCCCUCCACUCUUAGAGAAACAACCAAAUUUAAUAUACCAUUGCUUCCAAAUGUGAAAUUUGAGUUAAUAAAAAGAAAUAUUGAAUUCCUUUCACCAAUAGAAAAAGCUAUCAAAAUAAAGCUAAAAACUCCACCUAAAGAUGAAGAUAAAUAUGACUGGAAAGAAGAUUUAUACGAAAUCCUAACAGCUUCAAACAAGAUUGAACUAAAAGUAAUUCCUUAACUUUUGGAAUAAUUUAAGAUUGAAAAAGUAAUAGAUUCUUUAAAAUUUCUUAAAAACCAAACCAACUUCAAAUAUCUUGUUUAACUUCUCACCAACCUACAUGAACAUGAUUUUAAUAAAACGAAUUAUUCAUCAGAUGAUAAAAAAGAAAUAAGAAAGGAGUUAAUAAUAAAAAUUUCCAAUCAAUUAAACAUAAUUGAACUAUUAAAAUUUUUAAUCCAUCUUACUGCUAUAGAUAAUCAAUUCAUCUAAUGUGGUUCGAAUUGCCUUAUGUUAUUAGUUGAAAUGAAAGUUGAUUUGAAGGGAGAAAAUUUUGAGAAUAUUAGGAUAAAAGACACUAACUUAAUUGGAGCUAAUUUUGUUAGAUGUAAUUUUAGUGGAUCUGAAUUUAAUAAUGUUAAUAUAAAUGGAAUGAAUUUGAAUUAAGCAUAAUUAUUUAACUGCAAAUGGUAAAACAUAAAGAUAGAUGAAUUAAUUUAAUUGAAGGGUCACACGAAUUC